UAAAGCAGCAUGUCAAGAAGCAGUUUGGCACAACACAGCAAGCGAGCACUGCGCCACUGUUUACCACAGCACAACAAGACACCAUUGCGCGCCAACCUCUGCGUAGCAAACAGGAAUGCGGGAACUAUUGCCCAGAAAACAGAGAAUGCGUUUCCUUCCACUUCUUUUUAUAGGAUCUCGCCCACCACCCAGACUCAAAUAGUGCCACAUGACGUGAAAGCUGCUGCUAUCUCUAAAGCUCUCUAUAUCGACUGUCUGCCUCCUGGUGUGGCAAGUCAGGAAUCAGAUAAAGAUUUUCACAAAACAUUCAAAAAGGCAAUAUUGGAAACAUUCUCUUUUUCUCCAACACAAAGACACAUGCCUCUUGGUAGAACAAGAAAGCCAUGUGACGAUGUUGUAGAAAGCAUCUUCUCGGAGAUUCUCAAGUAUUUCUACACGAAAGUAGACAGGAAGCAAUAUAGAUACAUGGUGGACAGGGACGCUUACUUUCAGCACCCUUUCUUCAGGACUCUCCCUGAUGAGAGUGUACCUGCUCCCUUUCUUAUUGACGGACAACUCACGUACAGUAUUCUGAGUGACACUCCUGCUGCUCCCCUCUUCUCUGUAGAACAAUGUGAACAAUCUGCCGACCACGCAAUACAAUGGCCUGAUGUCAUAAAGUCUACUUUGGAUAUUGAGCAGGCAUUCCACCCUGAAAACAUCAUACCAGGUUCAAGUGCAGCAAGUUUACCUCACUUCCCCUACACCAGAGUAAUCCUGGACUCUGCACCCGGCGCAGAAUGGAGUGACACCAGCCGUGCACGUGGUAUAUACUUUCUGUUUGCGCGACUAGCUAGCGAGGCCAUCCGAGACGGUUACCAACCAGGGGAUAGAUUAGAAACUCCACGUGUGGGAGUUUACAUUAGCAGCUCUGCGUAUAGCUAUCAUUUUGUGUUUUAUCAGCUCAAUACUCUCGAUCUUAUCAGUCCUGACGGGGUGAAGAACUUGGCUUGGGGCCAAACUGUUGAAAAUAUCACUACUAAUCUUAUGCCCUACAUGAAGGUUAAUCCUGAGAAUUUGUUGGGACCUGCAGUUUUAGAGGAAGUCUGUGAUCUUGUUAAAUUGACAAUGUUAUAUGAUUUGCCCCUUAAGAAGGGUGUGACUGUUGAGUGAUUAACAUUUUCUUUUGAUAGCUACGAUAUUUCAUCGAGUUUGUUUCAGUUUGCUUGGGCUGAAUAUUAUGAUGUAGCAAAAACCGAUUGUCAAACUUUAAGUUUAUUCUAUAUCGAGUGGAUAACUUCAUUAUGUGAAUAUUUAUGGAUUAUGGUCAGGAAUUUUUGAGAAUGUUUGUCCUAUAAAUUCCCACCACCCAACAGCUGUUGUUGUAAAAAUGUUACUGAUCUUCUGCGUCCUUA